AUGGCCAAUGCUGUCACUAUGGGAGCGAGGUCACUCCCCUUCCACUCCGCACGUGUCAAUUCCCACGUGCCAUUCUCUCCCCCUCUCUCACUGGCAGCUUCCACCACCACCAGCAGCCACGGCUUCUUCCCCAAGCUUAAUUUACACUCCGGCCACUGCCACCGCCCAAAUCAAACGACACUGGCCAGGGCGUCGUAUGAGGAAAGAAACAGCCUCGUCCCUUCCGACGACGCUGAAGAUGGCGUCUUGCUUGGGACCAUGAAAUUGCCCUCGGAUACCGACGUUCCCAGAUUCCAGAUCUUGCUCUUCCAGUGGGCUAAUAGUCUCGCCCAAGGAGCUAACUUGCCUCUCCCUUCUCCUUUAAAGGUGGACAAAAUUGCAGGUGGGACUAGAUUGGGUUUUAUUACGAUUGGGGACGGGGAGACUGAGGUCCUUGUGUACAUAGAUUGCUUGGUUUUUCCAGCAGAUGCUGAUUCUGGGCCGAUUUUCCGAGCUGUGAGAAAUGGACGCUUGAAGGAUAAGACGCCUCCUGGUGAGCCAAGAAUCAUGAGAAGUCUUAUGCAGGCUCUUCAGAAGUCGGUUGAAAUCGCUAGAGUGUAA